AUGGUUCUCUCACGAUCACCCGCCCUCCGGUCACUCUGGGCUCAGUCGAGACGGUACUCGGCUCCCAGAGUGCCGACUGCUCGAGCAUGGCAGCGAGUUUCUCGAAGAGGCUAUGCCGACCACGCCGGACAUGGCUCUCACGAAGCUGGAAGUGAUAUUCCUUGGUUGCUUGGUUCCGUUGCAUUCACUCUCCCGGCCGCAUACUACCUCUAUCAGUCAGGCCCCGCUGGGAAGUCCGGCCACGAUGCCCACGCACACGUUGAACACGCAGUUGAGAAGGUGAAGGAGGUCGUCAGCGAGCCAGUCAAGGAAGAGGCCAAGCCAGAGCCAGCUGCUGAGCCAAAGCCUGAGCCCGAAGAGCCCGAGACCAAAGAGUCCAAGGUCGAGGAGGAGCCAAAGUCUGAAGAAGCACCAAAGGCCACUGAAGCUGAGGAGAAGCCUAAGGAAGAAGAAAAGGCCGCUGAAUCCCCUGCUGAGAAGACCGAGGAAGAGGAAAAACCAAAGGCCCAGGAAGUGAAGGAGGAACCUGAAGAGGACAAGACUCCUAACCCAAAGGCCCCAUCCGAGGAGCCAGCCACCAAAUCUAGCUAG